GCUCGGGUGGAGAGCGGGCUGACAGGGGCCUUCCACCCGCCGCAGGUUGAGGGCCCGACUGCUGCCGUCGCCGCCUUUUGUGUGGGCCUCGCCGGGGCAGGCAGGGACAUCCCCACCCAGCCCAGCGCGGGAUUUCUCACAGCGCGGCGGCAGGGCAGGCCGCAGGGCACCGUCAGCGCUCUGGUCAGCGGGGCCGCCGGAGCCGUCCCAUGGGGAGAGGCGAGCGGCGGAACGGGCCUGGCCACGGACUGUGGCGGCGGCCGCUGUCCUUCGAGCUCCCCGGCGACCCAGGGGCCCGCCGCGCCGUUCCCUGAGGCGGCCUUAGCCUUGGCCCGGCGGUGGGAGGCGGGAGAGGGCCUCACCAUGCCGGAGCACGGCUUGCUGCGGGCUGCUGUUCCAGUUUGAAAGUACUUCUGAGUUCUUGUCUGCUUUCCUGGAAUGGUUGUCGUUUCCCACCUCCCACGGAGGAAUGAGUUAGGCUCGGAGCUGGCUCCUGCUCAGGUACCCGUGCAGAGCCCUCGGUAAGCCAAGAGAGAGCUGUUCCCUGGGCUGUUUCCCUUGCCCUUCCCAAGUGUGAGCACAUCACAGCCAGCAUGGAGAAGGACCUCUUCUUGUCUUCAAGGCACUUGUUUCUGCCUCCUGUUCUUUUGAUGAAAAAAGAAAAAGCCAAACCAAAUUAGUCCACAAAGAACUUGUGCUGAUCCAAGGAGAGGCUCUGGAGUCUUGAUCACUUCUUUGCUUCUCAGGAUCCUGGCUGUGGUCUGGAUUUUCUGUCCUUGACUUCAGCGGAUCAGCUACAGGGAAUCAGGAUCUUAGAUACUUUCAGUUUUUGUUUUUACUUGAAUCCUUUCCACCAAGAAACUGAAGCUGUUGCUGCUAAAAUCCCGUGGUUUUCCCCAAGCAUGUCAGAAAGCUGGCAGCAGCAACAGCAGCAACCACCGCAGCAGCACCACACUGGGGCAGCUGCCCUCCCAGAGCACUCCAUCCCACCCAGCACUGCUGACAACCCCUUGGGCUGUUCUGUCUACGGCAUCCUGCUCCAGCCAGACCCUGGUCUGCAGCACCAGCAGCACACCUCCCUCCAGGCUGGCGAGCUAUCUCACAAAUGUGGAGUGUGUGGCCACGACCUUGCUCACCUCUCCAACCCCCAUGAACACCAGUGCUUGCCAGGCCAUGACCGUUCUUUCCAGUGUACCCAGUGCCUGAAGAUCUUCCACCAGGCCACUGACCUUCUUGAACACCAGUGCAUCCAGGUGGAGCAGAAGCCCUUUGUGUGCGGUGUCUGCAAGAUGGGCUUCUCCCUCCUGACCUCACUGGCGCAGCACCACAAUCUCCACAACGGCAAUGCCAUGAAGUGCUCUAUCUGUGAGAAAACCUGCAAGCCCCCCGAGGCAGAGCAUUCACAGCCUCUUGAUGCCUCAGAGAAACCCUACAGCUGCUCCAUCUGUCAGAAGACCUUCAAGCACCUCUCGGAGCUGUCUCGGCAUGAGCGCAUCCACACGGGCGAGAAGCCCUACAAGUGCACGCUGUGCAACAAGAGCUUCAGCCAGUCGUCCCAUCUGGUGCACCACAAACGAACGCACAGCUCAGAGCGGCCCUACAAGUGCACGGUGUGUGAGAAGACCUUCAAGCACCGCUCCCAUCUGGUGCGCCACAUGUAUGCACACUCUGGAGAGCACCUUUUCAAGUGCAACAUCUGCGAGCUGCACUUCAAGGAGUCAUCGGAGCUGUUGCAGCACCCCUGCACGCCCAGCGGGGAGCGGCCCUUCCACUGCAGUGAGUGCCAGAAGGCUUUCAAGCGUCCGUCUGACCUGCGGCAGCAUGAGCGCACGCACAGCGAGGAGCGGCCCUUCAAGUGUGACCUGUGCCAGAUGAGCUUCAAGCAGCAGUACACACUGAUGCGCCACCGCCGCACACACAAGGCUGAGGAGCCCUUCAAGUGCAACCUGUGUGAGAAGGGCUUUGUGCAGCCCUCACACUUGGUGUACCACCAGCACAUGCACGGCAUAGAAAGCCUCUUCAAGUGCAACAUGUGCCAGAAAGGCUUCAGCCAGUCCUUGGAGUUGCUGCGGCACAAGUGUAUGCAGAACGCAGAGCGUCCCUUCAAGUGCGGCAUAUGCAACAAGUCCUACAAGCGGGCCUCGGCGCUGCAGAAACACCAGCAGGCCCACUGCUCCGAAAAGCCCCUCAAGUGCGCACUCUGUGAGAGACGUUUCUUCUCCUCGUCCGAGUUUGUGCAGCACCACUGUGAUCUGGCCCGUGAGAAGCCCCUCCAGUGCCCUGACUGUGACAAGCGGUUCAGGUACACCUCGGACCUACAGCGCCACCGGCGCGUGCACACCGGUGAGAAGCCCUACAAGUGCCCCUCCUGCGAGAAGGCCUUCAAGCAGCGUGAACAUCUCAACAAGCACCACAGUGUGCAUGCUCGGGAGCAGCAGUACAAGUGCAUAUGGUGUGGGGAACGGUUCCUGGAGUUGGGUGUGCUGCAGGAGCACAGCAUCCAGCACACGGCUGAGGGUGCCUACCAGGUGGCUGCCUGCUUGUCAUGAGCCUUCUGCCCCUUGGCAGUUUGCAGCUUGCAUGUGAUGCUCUGGAGCCUCAGCCUUCCCUCUCUUCAGUUGUAGACAGAGUUUGGGGGAUAUGGAGGGCAUAUAGGCAGGCAAACUUUCCUCUGGCUUCUGUGGUUUCUAUACCACUUGUGUUGCAGGGGCAAUGGAUGAUGUGAAAAGCUUGAAAGGGUGGAGAGGAAAGGAGGGGGAUGUGGGGAGAGGAAGCGAUGCCUGUAGUUGCUUUAUGUCCCCUGGACUGUAGUUCACGCUGUACCUGCAGUUCCAGUGCUGGGAGCUCAGUUGUGGGCACCAGCCUUUUGCAUGCGGCCUUUAUUCCCUGCCCUGCCUGAUGGGGUUGGGGCAGAGGACUGGGUGACUCUUCCUGAGAGGGCUUGGGAACAAGGCAGAGAGAGACAGCCCUCCUUUCUCCUGGGCUGCAUUUCUCAGCAAGGAAGUAGCAGGAUUAUGCUGCUGGGAUCUCCCACCUUUCUUGGUCCAAGCUCAGUUACAAGGACCACUUCAUUUCUUUAGUGUUUUCACUGCCCCGAACUCACCUGCUCUCCUUCUUUCUAGAGUGUAGAAAGGGAAAAGCCAUGAGGGUGGCACAGCUCCAAAAAGCACUUUGGCAUUGCUGCUUUUGCAGUUGCUGGCUGUUACACCCUGGUCCUGAGUGAGCCUGCCCAUCCUUGCCAGCAGCACAGGGAGGAGUAGCAAGCACUGUGCUGCUACCAGAGAAUGUGGCAAGGAGGGUCUCCAUGCACUGCUCCUGACCAAGAGACUGCUUCCUGAGUGACCCAGCUCUUCUGCCAAGAAUUUCCCCUAGCCCCUGGGCCCCUUUGCACUGCUUGGGCCAUUAGCAUCACUCCAGAAGCAUCAGGCAAAGGGCCCUCCCAGCAGUUUGAACACUAAAGGGUGAUGACACUGCUAAUAACCUAGAACUGAGCAGUGUUACCCUUGCCAACAGGAACCCACACUGCCACAUGCCAGGGGCUUGGUGGCUGAUUUGCUGGGGAGAACCAGAGUGAGCCAGGAGCAUCCAUCCUGGCCUACAGGCUGGAUCCACAGGGAGGGGAAGGUCAGCAGUGGGUAAAGGAGGAGUGCAUUUUUUCCCCCUCUUGCAGGAGUCCUGUUUUACCCCUUUACUCUUUCUUUACCUCUUCUGUAUUUUUCAGGUUUUGCACAGUUCUUGUAAACAUCACUUACAAAUAAAUUUCCCCUAGCAAGGUCAA